GUUCUUAACGGGAAACACCAAUUUAACCCACCGGUAACACUGUGGGGUUUUAGAUUUUAUUGCUGAGCUUUGACGUUGAAAAAGACAUCCUUUCUCGUGUUUGACUCGGAAAAUCAGUGAGAGAAAAUGCCACCCAAAAAGGCAGUCGCUGGGGCCCAGCUUGCGGAAGGAAAGGGAAAGUGCGUCCAUUGCGCAGUCGCAGCGGAAAGGAUCUGUCAGCGCUGCGGGGACUACUACUGCUCCAAGGACUGUCAGGUCCAGGAUUGGCCACGUCAUCGCUACAUUUGCUUCCCUCUGCCCGCUCUGGUCUAUCCCAAGUCUCAUUCGGUGUUCCAGAGCAGCCAUGAGUUAUCUUUACAGGGUGCAUGUUCGGUUGAUAGUGAUAAAACCGUAGUUGGGGCAACUCUAGCCCCCUCUCCAAGCCUAAUUCCGGAUGUGGAGGGCAAUAAGAUUUGCAGUACCAGCAAUAUUGCACCCCAAAACAAAGUUCCGAUUCUUCCCACACCCCCCACGCAACUCAUCUCGAAUAACAGCGGCAACAAGGCGAAAAACAAAAAUAUUUCACUGCCAAAUGCGAUCAUGCCUCCCAGCAAUAGUCUUGGUAUUUAUGAUGGCAUUCAAGUCCGCGAAUCGCUGCUAUAUUCGCGAUGCCAGAGAAGUUGCUGA